GCAGUGCGCUUUGCGCCGCGACUUGAUAAACAUUGUGGUAAACUUAAACUGUAAAAUAUUAUUUUUCUUAAAAAAUUGUAUUUUUUUUUCAUAUAUCGGGAGCCGAUAUCUUACAAAUCAUAUCGAUAUUAUCAGUAGCUGAGAUAUCGAUUAAAAUUUUCGAUAUAUCGGAAAGAAAAUAUCGACAUGUUCAGGUAUCGAUAAAUAUCACACAUCCCUAGCAGGCAGGCGCAGCUCGGAUCAACACGAAACAUGACGUCUGGCUGAGCCCAAAAAACCAGAGAGGAGAGAGAGAGAGAGAGAGAGAAAAAAAAGACGACAGCGAGAAGACUCUGAGGACAGAGUUGCUGCAGAUACGGAGUGUCCCGCCCCCACGAGCGCUUUAAAGGUUAACAACGGUAGCGCUCUGCUCCGUUAUAUAUACUGAUCGCUCGCGACUGUACGUGUUUGUGUAUCUAUACGUAUAUGUAUAUAGAUGCGUUGAAGGGGCUAUUUGGUCCGCGAACACUUUGUGCUACACGGCUGCAGUCUGCACCUGCGCAUACAUAUAUCGUGCUGUGCGAGAGGAAAUUCAGCAUAGCCUAUGCAGCACAGUGAAGCCGCUCGUCGCAGAGAACAGAAGGAUAAGCGGACGGAUCUGAGGGGGCGACGAAGGACUGUCUAAUAACGAUUACCUCGCGACAUAAUAACAACAAUAAUAAAGGAGCGAAGUAGUAGGAGUGUAGAUAGCCACUACUACUACCACGAUCGCGACACAGAGGCCAGAGCAGAGGCAGAGGCAGCAGUAGUCAGCGGCGGCGGUAGUGUAGCGCAGUAAUAGCGCAGGAGGAGGAUAGAGCGAGAGAAGAAGAGGACGGAAUAGGGCGGGAGAGGAGAGAGACAGAGACACACGGCGAGCAGUCGAGCCUUAUGUCAAGCCAGCACUCGGCCGCUGCUCGGCUGCGCUGCGCGAGAGCUGACGAAGACGGUCGCCUGCCGCGGGCGACGACGACGACAACGACGGGAGAAGUCGCCGCCGCGAGAAGCGGCAAGCAGCAGCCAGCAUGAAGAAACUCUUCUCCAAGAUCGACAACACCGCCGCCAAGGAGACCAACAGCUACCUGGGCAAGGUCUUCGUCGUCGGCCGGCACACCGUCACCGUUGAGGAAGUCCUGGCCGAAGGAGGAUUUGCCAUAGUCUUCCUAGUCAAAUCUUCAGGUGGUCGUUAUGCAUUAAAGCGCAUGUAUGUCAACAACGAUCACGAUCUCAAUGUUUGUAAAAGGGAAAUACAAAUUGCAAGUAACUUGAGUGGACAUAAAAACAUUAUAGGAUAUGUAGACAGCAGUAUUACACAUACAGGAGGAGGAGUUCAUGAGCUCCUCCUCCUGAUGCCUUAUUGUAAAUCGCAAGUUCUUCAGAUGAUGAACAACAGGUUACAAACAGGAUUCACGGAACCAGAAGUGCUUCAAAUAUUUUGUGACACGUGUGAAGCUGUAUCUCGAUUGCACCACUGUCAGACACCUAUUGUUCACAGGGAUUUAAAAGUAGAGAAUAUCUUAUUAUCUGAUUCAGGACAUUAUGUUUUAUGUGAUUUUGGCUCAGCAACAGGAAAAGUUUUAAAUCCUAGUGUUCAUGGAGCAUCUAUUGUAGAAGAAGAAAUAAAAAAGUAUACAACACUUAGUUAUAGAGCUCCAGAAAUGGUUGACAUGUAUUGUGGUAAACCUAUUACAACAAAAGCAGAUAUCUGGGCUCUGGGCUGUUUGUUGUACAAGUUGUGCUUUUUCACUUUGCCUUUUGGAGAAAGUACUCUGGCUAUUCAAUCUGGAAACUUCACUAUACCUGAUAAUUCAAGAUACAGCAAGUCUCUUCAUUGUUUGAUUCGUUAUAUGCUGGAACCUGAUCCUGACAUUCGUCCCGAUAUAUAUCAAGUGUCGGCGGUCGCAUUUCAGAUUGCGGGUAAAGAAAAUCCUGUUCAAAAUUUACAUAAAGUUACUACUCCUACGAUAGAGGGUUUGCCAUGUCCACCUUUGGAGUCAGAAUGUAUAAAGCGGUCGUCAUCUGUGAAAAUCCCAAAGACCACGACAGUAACCACUGUCGAAGGCACGUCAGUGACACCCAGGCAAAGACCAAAAGGUCAGGGUGUCACUACCGGACCCAUUAGUUUGAGCGGUCAGAUAGUCAGCCAGAUAUCCGGCCAGGGAAAUCAGCUGCAUCCGCAAAGUCCGGCGAGUAAUUCGGUCUCCUAUGUGCAGGUCAAUCAGCAAAUCACUCCUAUCAAUACUCCCCAAGCUUUUUUGCAGCCAAUACCUGGUAAUAGUCAGCAAAACCUGCAGUCAUCCUUUGCUCAAGUGCCACCACACAUUCCUUCACCCAGUCAAACAACUCCCUUUGGGCAACCACAGGGACAGCAGUUAUUCAAUCAAUCGCAGAGUCCUAUGACAAGUCAUUCUCCGCUAGCUCAGCAAUCGCCUGUCACAGUGCCAGACAAGAACCUUUAUUACUUUGAUUCAAGGCAGCACGAUCCGAGAACACCGGUAGCUCCAGGAAACGAUGAUAAUUUAGAAGCUUUAUUCCCUCCCUCCGGUUAUCCCGACCCAUUCAAAGAUGACGGUCGUUCCCUACCGGGCCCAACUUCUGCUAAAAUCCCACCGCCGGUUGCUCCAAAACCCAAUGCCUCAAAGAUUCCGCAAAAACUGAUCACGCCGACGAGUGGUACUGCUCCAUCAACGAAAUUCCCACCGCCUUCGCAGCUACCUAUUAAUUUGAGCCAAAAUUUGGCUCCACCAGUGUUGCCAAAGCCCGUCAAUAAAACGGAAAGUCUUAGUCAGAACAUAAGUUCAAGCACCUCACCCCCGGAGAGUCCAACGUUGAGCUCCUCUGCUUCGAGGCAUAGGCGGAACGUCAGCGAUACGAGUGCAUUCAAUAAAAACGUCAAUACUUACAGAGUUUUUGCGAACGAGACGUCUCAGUUCCUAGCACCCUACGAAGCGUCUGUCAAGCCUCGCACUGAGGAUGUUUCGCCUCCAGAAGUACCCACGGAUAUCAAACUCGGAAUCGGUGCAAGCGCGUCGCAUGGAGAAUUAUCGAGCAUAUCGGGAGCGGAAAAUCGAUCACUGAGCGCGGAUAUCGCGGCUUGGAACCCCUUUGAGGACAUGCAGCCGUUCAGUCAGCUCACCGAGGACCACAUCUUUGGUGCGGAAUUUGAUAAGAUACGAAGAGGAAGCAACAGCAGCAUUGGCGGCGUCAAGAGUCGCGAGAGUUUGGUCAUGAGCUAUACAGAAGUACCGAAGGAUCCGUUUGAGUCGGCUCCUUUCAGUCUGCCUACAGGCAAAAAGAGCAAAAUCGGAACAAAGGCUGCAGCUAUUGCUGGAGGUCCAGCACCAUCGACCAGUCAACCAGAUCCAUCGCCACCACCUCCGCCACCAGCAGCAGUACCAGUGCUGCAGCCCCGAGCCAAAGUCUACUCCACGACGACGUUGCAGUGGAGCCCGGAGACCAACAACGGAGGCGAAGCUACGAACGUCGACGACGAGGCAUCCCUCAUCGCCUCGGCCGCCAGCCCUGUGUCCCCGCCCUUCGUUCGUGCCCCUAUCGAGGACCGAUCCAAGUACGAAAAGCUGGCCUUCAACGCCGACGAGGUCUCCAGCGACAGCGACAAAGAGAAACUCACCGGCGGCGAGGAGAGGACGAAGAAGAAGCGCCGCAGGGUCAAGGCUGUUCUUGACCGCGCCCGUAAGAAGGUCGUCGAGCAGCAGAAGCUGGGACCCCAUCAUCAACAACAGCAGCAGCAACGAACGGCUCAGUCCGGACUCAACAACGGGGUGAAGAGCUACGAUUCUGACGACAGCAUCGGUUCGGCUAGUGAUCUGAAGGCCAUGAACGACGAGGACGGACAGGCCGACAGGGACUACGAGGACGACGGGGACUACGACGACGAGCUGGACGAGGACGAUAGAGACAAGAUCGACGAGACCAUCUCCGAGAGCGUGCGCACCUGCGGCAGCUCGGCCUAUCACGCCGAGUGCGAGAGCGUAGCGACGCACGAGGAACCCGAGCAGCACAGGAUGAGGAGGUUGAAGAGACAUCAUAACCAGCAGGUGCACCAGCAGCAGCAACAGAAGCUAGCGAUCAUCGAUGCCGAUCCGGUGGUGGGCCAUCAGUACGGAGAACAGCCUCUGCUGCUGGAUGACGAGUUGGACCCCGAGUCCAAGCCGGAACAGACACGAGGAGAUCCUUUCGUCAAGCACCAGUACAAGCUGAAGCCGCUGAUGAUGAAUAACGACAGCUCGUCGGACGAAGACGAGAAGCCAGAGCUUACUAGGGCGCCGCUGAAGAAUGGGCUGUGGAAAGUGGAAGAGGACGUCUUUGCUAUGGCGCCGUUUCCUCGGUCCAACAGUUCCAGGAAGAGCAGUGCCGCUGGAAGCAGAGACGAGAGGAACAGAUCCAGCAGCCGGACGGACACGCCGAACAACCAACAGCAGCAGCGAACGUCCACCCCGGUCACGGCAAGCUCGCCAAUCAUCUCUGGCACGCUCGUGGAUAUCGGCAAUGACAACGAGGAGCAGACACAGCAGCCACAGCAGCCGCCGAUGUAUCAGUUUGUAGUGCCAGCCAAGCCCGUAACUCCGCCCAGAAAAAUGAGCUUCCAGCUGGAAGACUGCAAGGAGAAGGACCUCUUUGGAUCUUCGCCUUUCGACUCCAGUGGCUUUAACAAUCCGUUCGACAGCAUGUCUAGCUACGCGGCUCCAGAGAUACCGGUGAGCAAAGCUCAGGUAACGGCAGUGACCAUUGUAUCUUCGCCAGAUCAGUACAACUCCCAGCAGCAGAUUUACUUCCCGGCGAUGUCGCCCACGGUCAAGUCAGCCUCGAAGUUCGGUGUUGUCACGGUUAACUCCGCAGUGCACAACAAAAUCUCGAUACCGCCACCGGCACCUCUGGGAGUGGCGACGACGAUAGUGCCGAACGCGACGAUGCGAAAUGAAGAGCCCAAGGAUCUGUUUGGUUCCAUCCCCUUCGACGAGAUAACUUCUCUGGCGCCGAGCAGCCUCGCUCAGCAGCAGCAGAGGCCGACCUCUCUGCCGCUCACUCAGUCGCCGACUUUCGUCGACAAGGCUCUGGGCACGAUUCUGUCGAGCAGUGCCCAGUCAGCUCACUCUGCCCAGCUACCGCCCAUCUGCAAUCCGAAUUACGGCAUACCUGCACCUAGAAUCACAAGGCUGGAGACACUGUCCCCCGAUGUAGAUAUGAUCGAGACCUCGCCCAUGUCACCGGAACCUCUUGUAGCCCAAGACUCGCCGAAGCAUAAGAAGCACCAUCACGAUAAGUCGUCGAAACACCAGGACAAGUCCAAGUAUCACCUGAUCAACGACAAUCGAAGCGACAGCAUCAAUGUGCUGCCGAGCAAACUGUCGCAUAAGUCUGGCAAAGGCUUGACCAAAAAGAUGCCGAAGAGCAGCAAGAAAUCGGCUGCCGUCACCGCGGGCUUCAGCAACAUGAGCUUCGAGGACUUUCCCAGUGACGAGAACAACGAUGACGGCUUGAGACACGUCGGCACGACCCGGGCCGCGUACGAGGUCAUUCGUGAACCCGAAAAGAGAUUCGGUUCGCUCAAGAGGAGGAGUAACCCAUUCACCUGAUGAACCAGAGGUAUCGUCGAUGUGCAGCUGUGAGCAGCUUUCGGUGGUUGUGAUGCUUCACGAGAGAUCGUAAAAGAUAUAAUGGCAUCAUUCUUGAAAGUGAAUAAGAAGGCAGAGAUGGCGGAGGAUAGAGAUACAGUGUUAUAAAUUUUAUAUUCGGCAUUUCGGGUUGCAGGCUCAUAUGCAGGCUCCUGGUUUGUACGAUUUCUAAGUGAGUUUAAUUUCACGUUGAAAAAAGAUUACUCUGAGGUAUUCCGCAAAAAAUCACAACCCCGAGUUUUAAAAAGCUGCUCUCAUUAUUUUCGAGUGUAAGAUAUAAUGAUAGAGUCGUUUUUUUUUUAUUUAGCUUCGGAAAUACAAAGUCCGAUAUAGAUUUACGGUUUUGUUUUCUAUGCUCUAAGUCUGAGAAUGGCUUUUUUCAAUUCAGUAAGUUAUAAAGAGGUAUAGAAAUCGAGUGUCGUUGUUUGUCGAGGAACGUAUCGACCAUAAAUGUGUGAACGGUCGAUUCGUAAACAUUUUUUAUUUUUUUAUUGGAUUAGUUAUACUUUAGUAGUAAUAAAAGAAAAUUUUUUCGUUAGACAUUUUUCUUUUAUAUAGAGAAGCACAAUGACGCUCGAUUUCGGCGGCAGUUUGAAAGAUACCGAAAGUAUUGACUCGAUCGUUCCCCAUAGAAGCAUUUAGUCACUUCUCAACUUCUCUGUACGGUAGUGAACGCAGGUUGUUUAUGUAACUUAGGCAGCUCGAUACCAAAAACACAAAAAAAAAACUAAGAAAAUAAUGCGAACCUUUCAAAUUUAAUAUAAAUAUACUGUUCAUCAAAGGCAAGCAUGUGCAUCUAUUUUUACAGCAUACACGUUUUCAAAACAUUUUUACAUACUAUUUCGAUAAAAGGCGUGCUGGUCGUCGACUUCCAUUGCUUGUAACUUUGAUCCAUCACUAUAGAAAAGUGGAAACAAAACUAAUCUACACUCUGCAAUAUGAAUUAUAUGAAUACUCAAUUGUAUACACGAGUCUCGCAAGGAAAAAAAUAAAGGGACAAAGAAGUUCAGUUCUUUUGUGAAAAUGAUUUUUAUCGUUGCGUAAAGCGAGGGAAUAGAAAAAAUCAACAUACGUAGAUUUUUUAGACAAUAAACCGACAACUGUGUUGAGUGACAGAAAAAAGAUGGUUGUGUAGCUUAAGACACCGCUUUGUCUAAAAAUCGCCUUAUCACAAAAGACUGAAUCAUUGUAACAAUCCUUGCUUGUGACAGAUUUCGCAACUGCAAUAUCUUCUAAAAAAUUAUCUCUGUUAUGAUUCAUUACGUCGGGAUAUUCAUUAUAUAGUAUUUAUGUUACAAGUAAUGAAAAAUUCAUUUUCAUUCAUCAUUACUGAUGAUACACUAUUGAAAAAGGGCAACUGAACUGCAUCAAAUUGCAACAUUUAGUUAUUUGAAAUACUUUUCUGGUACUUAAAAAUAAUUGAUUUUAUAAUUUCGUAUUGCUUACAAAGUACAUAAUUACAUGUGCUCGCAAUACCUGAAAACGAUAUAAAGACAUUCGAUAUGCGUAUUACAAUAAGUUAUUAAAUUCAAUGUCUCGAAUAGUGCAUACGCAAUCGUGUUAUUUAAAUAAAAAUCUGCUGACUAUGGUUGCGGUGCUGCGCUGUAUAUUAGUACAUACACGAUAAAGAUUUGUUUUCUAUACAUGCAUUUGAAUUGUGAUAAUUCCAAAGUGACAAAUCUUUACUGUGCAUAUACAUUCAUUUUCUAUUGAUUAGUACAACAAGGUGCUAAGCUUUUUCUCAUGUAAUACUGUUGUAAUUACGAGAUCGUAUAUAAAACAAACUGUGAGAUGUCAAAUUAAUGACAAAAGCCGUGUUUGCCUCACGCUUUUCGACAGAACCCUUUGUACGUAGAUCGUACAAGCUUUUUUUUUUGAUAAAAGAUGUACAUGAAAAGUAUGUUUCAUCUUUAGCGUGUAACUUAUUUAUUUCUAUGUUUUCUUUUUAUUCUUUAGCCGAAAGGAAAGGGCUUUGGACCAGGAAGAUUCAGAUAUAUUAUAUUCCUUUAUAUAUUUGUAUGACUAAUAGGAUUUUUUGAUUCCCUAGUAAUUUAUUUAUUAUAUUCGUUGAUGACUUUCUGAUUGUGUGUAAAAGUCAGACAAUAUUGUAAGCGAGUCUUAUAUAAAAAAAAAUGCGAAAUAUAAAUUAUAUAAAUAUAUACAUAUAUUUAUGUAAAGUGAUUAUAGGUAGUAGACAUAUAUGAAAUUAUUAAAAUUAGGUGCCUUCCUUUAUUAGAUUAAAACUUGUAUUAUGUAUCAUAUAUUUUCUUUUAAAAGGGAGACUUUCAUUUUGCGUAUAAAAUUUGGUUUUCUGGUGUGUGUGUGUAUAUAUAGCGUUUUGCUUAUACUUGACACAAUCGAGUUGUGCUAUAAAAUGUUCUUCAGUAAAAUUUAAAAUAAUUAAUAGUCUUGUGCCAACGUUGCGUUACAUUAGUAUACGUUGAUAAAAUGCUAAACUACUCGAAAUGUAUCUUCAUUGUAACGUAGAAAACGGAAAUUAAACGGAUUUAACGGAUAUUUUAAUUUAGGUAUUCGUUUAAACUUCUUUUAUCUCGAUCUCAGUGUUCGGCAUUUAAAACCAGUUCAAACAGACACGAAGAGAUGCUAUUUGGUAAUAUUGAUAAAUUGAUUAUUAGAAAUCUGUUAUGAAGAUUAAUAAUAUUCUUGAAACUGAAACUAGAAGAGACUUACAAGAUAUUUCAUAAAAUUAUAUAUUAACACAAAACAGUGGUAUGCAUAUCUUUAAUUAUUAUCGACUAUUAUACAAACUUUUCCCUUGUAUGCCCAAAGUGUAUCUUGCAUAACGUAUUUAUCCUGUUUUAAUAAUAUCCCACAUUAAUAACUCAAUAAUUUUCCUUCAUCAAAAACUCCUCGAGUAUUGUUUUAAAGGAAAGACUAAGUUAUUAAGAGAAUUAUUCUUAUCCAUGGAAUAAUAACCGAAUUCUGUACGUGAAUUUCGUACAUGCUAGAUAUGUCAAUUGUAUGUUACAUACAUCCGCAUGGUAUUGGUAAAAACUAUACUAUUUAUAUAAAAUCAGUAUACAUUUAGUUCCUGUGUGAUGAUAAGCCAAGAAACAGUUAUCGAGAAAAAAUUACUUGUGAAAUGGGCAGCUAUUGGUUUCACGUAUUACGUUUUUUUUCGUUUUUAUUUGUUAACAAUGGAAUGAUGAUUUAAAUAUAAAGUUUUUAUGGAAAAUUGAAAAAUUGCCAAAGAUUGUUUUACAAUUGAAUGAAAUAAAAAAGUUGUUAAAAAUUAUCCGCUUAAAACUUGUAUUUAAAUCAACAUUACUUUAGCAUGAACCUUUUUAUACAUACGGGAAUAAACUUGAAAUGAUUUUAUUUAUAGGCGCGUGCUUAAUACAGUCUAACAUACAGUUUUUUCCCGAUGCUCGGACAUUCCUUUUGACUAUAUUGAUCGUAUUACUUAUAGAUAAAGUAUGUUUUCUUAGAUAGAAAGGUUUUGUUGGGUCUACAUUGCUACCGAAUUUCUGCCAAUUUUCCAAUAAAAAAAUGUUUGUAUCACAUCUUAACUUUGUUACUUUGUAUUUUGAUUUAUGGAAUAAUUAAAGCAUUUAUGUACAAGUUCAUGCACGAAUUUUCAUAUUUUUUCAAGGAAAUCUACGUUCACGCAAACGCAGUACACUCUAACAAACUGAUUACCUACAGCAAACAAAAAAAUACUUAUCUUUUCCUUUGAUCCAAAAAUGUAUCGCAUUCCAACACCUAUUUUUACUAAUUGCCAGAACAAUAAUCAAUAUAUUUAAUAAAUAACAAAAAUAAACGCCAAGAGAAAAUAAUUGGGUUAAUAUUAUGUAUAAUCAAAAUUACAAAAUGAAAAACUAUAAAAUAAGCAUUCGAUAGCGCAAUGAAAACAUUUAUUGCUUAACAAUCCGUAUUAUAAUAAAUAUGUAGCAAAAAUCUCUGUAAUCGACCCAUCAGAUUUUCUGCGUUUGCAGUUUAGCGUGCGCUUUUAGAAGCUUCUCUAUGAAAAUGAACGAGUGAGAUGUCAUUAUUCAAGUGUGUUAUCGUAUUUGAGAAGAUCGUUGCACACGCUAUGUAUUUUGAUAAUAGGCAGCAUCCUUACUGUUAUAGGCGUGCGCGACAAAUGAAAAUCGCUUUUGCGACUUUUCGAGCGUUGUUAAUUUGUAUUACGAUUAAGUGUAUGGUUAAUAGGUUACGAAUGCACUAUUAAUUACAAUCACUCUACCUUAUAUGCAUAUAUUAUAUGAAAGAGAAGAAUUUAUAUGAAUAUAUUAUAUUAUAGAGAAGAAAAAUGAAGGAAGGAUAAAUAAAGAUUAUUCUGUACACAUGCGGGAGUUGGAGGGAGAAAGGCGUUUGAUCUAUAGACUCAUAAGAGCGUGAAAGUUGAUUUUUCGCGAAAUUAUUUUGUCUAGCUGCUUUUAUCGAAGUACGAGGAUAAAAAUUGAACGAGGAUAUUUUUCAUGGUCCAGUAGAGGCGUGUGUGUAUACAAAGUCAAACAUUAUUGUAUAUUCUAUAUGUAUAAAGUACAAAGCGCUGAGAAAUAAACUGUAUUAUAACGUGAAAA